GAACACCUCGGGUCACCCCUGACAACGGUGGUGGGAGGCAGAGCGGCCUCCUCCUCCCACGCGGGGCCUGUCUGGGUGAAGCCCCUCUGUUCCCGACGAUCGCCUACCUUAUUGAAACCAUCUAAUUGGAGAUCUACAGAUUAGGCCACCAAGACACAGCUGCCUCCAGCGGAAUUUUUGUAGUGGACAGUUUUAGGUGCACUUUGGAGAGAGCAAGCGUGAGGCCUGCAGCUGACAGCUUUGAGUGGCCGUGAACGUGACUAUGGAAAAGAUGUGACUCCCCACCCCCAGCCGGGUGCGCCCAGCCAUGGCUGACACCAUCUUCGGCAGCGGGAAUGAUCAGUGGGUUUGCCCCAAUGACCGGCAGCUUGCCCUUCGAGCCAAGCUGCAGACGGGCUGGUCCGUGCACACCUACCAGACGGAGAAGCAGAGGAGGAACCAGCACCUCAGCCCUGCAGAGGUGGAGGCCAUCCUGCAGGUCAUCCAGAGGGCCGAGCGGCUGGACGUCCUGGAGCAGCAGAGAAUCGGGCGGCUGGUGGAGCGGCUGGAGACCAUGAGGCGGAACGUGAUGGGGAACGGCCUGUCCCAGUGUCUGCUCUGCGGGGAGGUGCUGGGCUUCCUGGGCAGCUCAUCGGUGUUCUGCAAAGACUGCAGGAAGAAAGUCUGCACCAAGUGUGGGAUCGAGGCCUCCCCUGGCCAGAAGCGGCCCCUGUGGCUGUGUAAGAUCUGCAGUGAGCAAAGAGAGGUCUGGAAGAGGUCGGGGGCCUGGUUCUACAAAGGGCUCCCCAAGUAUAUCCUGCCCCUGAAGACCCUUGGCCGAGCAGAUGACCCCCACUUCCGACCUUUGUCCACGGAACCGGCAGAGCGAGAGCCCAGAAGCUCCGAGACCAGCCGCACCUACACGUGGGCCCGAGGAAGAGUGGUUUCCAGCGACAGUGACAGUGACUCGGAUCUCAGCUCCUCCAGCCUAGAGGACAGACUCCCACCCACUGGGGUCAGGGACUGGAAAGGCGACAAACCCUGGAGGGAGUCAGGUGGCAGCGUGGAGGCCCCCAGGAUGGGGUUCACCCGCCCACCGGGCCACCUUUCCGGGAGCCAGAGCAGCCUGGCCAGUGAGACGGGGACAGGCUCUGCCGACCCGCGGGGGGGACCCCGCCCCGGGCCGACCCGAAGGGCCCUGGUAAAAGACACACCUGGACGAGCCCCCGCUGCUGGCGCAGCUCCAGCUGGCUCCUCCAGCUGCCUGGGCUGAGGGGUCUGGUGCCUGGAACAGACUUCCCUGUGGAGGAUUCCUGCCAGACCCUGCCCGGCUCCUCCCUGACCGGUCCUUGUGCCCUCGCCAGACACCCCGUUGGCCAUGACUCAACAACUCCCAGUGUUGGGAGUUGUCUGCCUCCCCCACCCAGUGCCUUUCUGUGCCCCUUCUCUCCUGGGGAGCUCUCUGCAUCCACCACCCCCUCCAACCACUGCCCUCAGCCCCUGACCUUAUUUAUUGCCCUCCCCUCCCACACCCCCAAUCUACCUUGUGAUGAUUUUAAGUUUGCGUGUGUCUUGGGUUGGGCUGGCGGGGGUUCCCACAUGCAGUGUCAGAGGGGCCGCCUGGCGGCGCUUUCUCCGUGGCUGUAUUAAUGGCAAGACUAAAUGAAACCUAGGGCAUGGCCUCGGAAGCUGCAUGUGGCCCCUUAGAGGUGAGCAUCAGAGCCAGAGCAGUGAGGGUGAGAUUCACCCACCCUCUCCCUCUCCCUUCAGCUCUGGGAGGCAGGAGCAGUGCCCCCCUCCCGUGGGCUGUCCCAGGACCGCGGGUGAAACCUCGCUCUGUUUGGUUUCUUUGGUUUUUUAUGUUUGUUUGUUUUUGAGACAGUCUCGCUUUGUUGCCCAGGCUGGGGUGCAGUGGCACGAUCGUGGCUCACUGCAACCUCCACCUCCUGGGCUCAAGCGAUUCUCUCACCUCAGCCUCCUGAGUAGGUGGGAUUACAGGCACCUGCCACCACACCCAGUUAAUUUUUGUAUUUUUAGAAGAGAGGGGGUUUCUCCAUGUUGGCCAGGCUGGUCUUGAACUCCUGGUCUCAAGUGAUCCGCCCGCCUCGGCCUCCCAAAGUGCUGGCAUUACAGGUGUGAGCCACCACACCCAGCCCUAUUAGGUUUCUUUUAAUCCCCUCACGGCUCAGCCUGUCUUCAGCUUGAGGAGCUGGGAAGCUCUGGUGGAUGCUAUGAAUUCACUUGCUGAAGAGCAGCCUUCAGGUGCAUCCCCGGCCAGGGGACGUGGCUCCCUCAGCCAUGAAUUCUCUUCUCUUCAGGAGGUUUGGCUUAGAAUGAAAAUACUUCAGUCAGAAUAUGGGCAAAUGCUUCUGGAAAACCCUUCCCUGAAGAGAGAGAACAUGUGUGUGUGUGUGUGUGUGUGUGUGUCGUUGUUCACACCCUCCCAUCCUUCCUGCCUCCUGCCCCAAUCCCCAGGUCCCUGGGUCUGGAAGGGCCUCCUCUCCAAGCUAGGAGCUCCUGGGCCCCCACCAUUCACUUUUUGUCCUUGCUGCCGGCAAACAGUAAAGAAACUCACUUUCCCUGUGGCACGUUAUGCUUCAGAAUUAAAACAAUGAAGAUUAAAAUUUGCACUGAGCCAGUGUGUUGAUCAAAAGACCACAAUUGCCUGUGUUUCUGAGAUGCAUCAGUGGAAAAAUGGAUGGAAAAAACUGUGGUGCGUUGACUUGCUGGAACACAUCCUAAGCCGCAGUGAAAGGAGGGGCUAGAGCUGUGUGUGUUCAUGCAGCUCACACACCUGAUGCUGAACGGAUAAGCAAGGCCAUCUACAUACAAAAGGAAUAAUCGGAAUGAGUUCUGCAAACUCGUACGUACAACUGCAAAAAUGUCUUUUAAAUUCACAAGGACUUCUGGUUACAUAUGGUGCAUUGAAUAUAUUCAUAUUUUCCUCUGUCCCUGAAAACUCCACUAGAAUGACAUAAAGGAAUGAAAAUGGCAUAAACCACAAAGAUAAAAAGAACAGGAGAGAAGAUGGCAGUGAAUGACAAAUACCUGUUUGGAAGCUGGAACAGUAUGAUUUGCUUAGUGUCAGCCUCAAAAUAUCUACAAAGAAGGAAGCCAAGCAUGAACAAGCUCAUUUGCUCUGCAGAAUCCCCCAAAUGCACAGAACUUGGAGGGGCCAGGUGUCCCGAAGGUAGAAGUUCAGGGUGGGUCUGAGAAUUGUCUUGGUUGAAAGAAGUGUUUACACCCUCAGGUCCCCUCUCCCAGCCUGGUGACUGCCCUUCUCUGACCAUGGCAGGAGACAGGUUUACUGCCGGCCAGCGGUGAUCUGAAAAGAUUCUGGAUUGGGGACCCCAGGGGUAGCCAAAGGCUGGGGCAAGGUGCCUUACUGAAAUCAGGAUGUAAAUGGGGAAGCCCUCAUUCCCCUUUAAAAUCCCUGAUGGAGGCUGAUAAAAGCCAGGCCUCGUCCCCAUCCAUCCACCCCCAAGGCAGGACAUUUAUUAUUAUUAUUUUGAGAUGGAGUUUCGCUCUUGUCACCCAGGCUGGAGUGCAAUGGCAUGAUCUCGGCUCACCGCAACCUCCGCCUCCCAAGUUCAAGCGAUUCUCCUGCCUCAGCCUCAAGCGAGUAGCUGGGAUUACAGGCACGCGCCACCACGCCCUGCUAAUUCUGUAUUUUUAGUAGAGAUGGGGU